CCGACGGUGGAAAGGAAGCUAAACCAUGCAAAAGCUUUACCCGGAAAGCUCGAUCAACACGAGCAGCAGUAUGGCGGUGGGCGGUGGUGGUGGUGGAGGCGCUGGCGGUAAUAUGAGCCCGAUGGCCACCACGUACAGCAGCAUGAACAGUAUGGGUAUGGCGGUGGGCGGCAUGACGUCCGUCUCACCACAGAGCGGUGGGUUCGGGGCGACGGUGCUCGGCAGUCCGGGGAUGGGUGGGAUGGGUGCGGCCAUGAACAGCAUGUCCGGCAACUGUCUCACCUCGACACCGAUCGGGUACAGCUCGAUGGGAUCACCGAUCAGCAAUAUGGGUUCGUGCAUGGGGGGCAACGGUAUGAGCACGAUGGCGGCCAUGUCCGGAUACUCGAGCGUGGCGGGCAGCCGGGAAGUUCUCGGCGAUCCUAGCUCACCGAACUCGGUAGCGUUGCAGCGGGCGCGAACCGAGAAGCCGGCGGCUACGUACCGGCGGAACUACACGCACGCGAAACCACCCUACUCGUACAUCUCGCUGAUCACGAUGGCGAUCCAGAAUAACCCGCACAAGAUGCUGACGCUGGCCGAGAUCUACCAGUUCAUCAUGGAUCUGUUUCCGUUCUAUCGGCAAAAUCAGCAACGGUGGCAGAACUCGAUCCGACAUUCGCUCAGCUUCAACGAUUGUUUUGUGAAGGUGCCCCGAACGCCGGACAAACCGGGCAAGGGUUCGUUCUGGACGCUGCAUCCCGACUCGGGCAACAUGUUCGAGAAUGGGUGCUAUCUGCGCCGGCAGAAGCGCUUCAAGGACGAGAAGAAGGAGGUGUUGCGCUCGCUGCACAAGAGUCCGGCGCACGGUGGCAGCCUGGAUGCGGUCGGCAGCCCGGACAAGAAGGACCCGAACGAGGAGCACCAUCACCAUCAUCACCACCACAGCCACAGCCACCACAGCCACCGGACGGAGCAUGUGUCGAAGCUAAGUGCGGCCGACACGCACGGCAUGCUGAACAGUGCGCACGGUAAAGACGCGGACGCGCUGGCAAUGCUGCACGCGACCGCCGACUUAUGCUUAGCCCAACAAUCUCAUUCACAGCAUGGUGGUUCGCACCACCCUACGCACCACCACCACCACCAUCCGGCGCACCAGCAGCUGCAGCAGGAGGAAUUGACGGCUAUGGUCAAUCGUUGCCACCCUUCGCUGCUUGGUGAAUAUCACUCGAUGCACCUGAAGCAGGAACCGGCCGGCUACACGCCCUCUAGUCACCCGUUCUCGAUCACGCGCCUGCUACCGACCGAGUCGAAGGCGGACAUCAAGAUGUACGAGAUGAGCCAGUACGCGGGGUACAAUGGGUUGAGCCCGCUGCCGAACUCGCAUGCGGCGGCGGCCGCCCUCGGGCAGGACUCGUACUAUCACCAGAGCCUCGGUUACCACCAUGCGUCCACGGGCACGACCAGCUUGUGACAUCAGUAUCCGCUGGCAUAAGUGCGGUUGAAAGGCUACUACCACUUUGGGGAUGGGUCGACCAUCACCCAACAGCAGCACCAGCAGCGUCAGCAACAGCAGCAGCAGCAGCAGCAGUAUCAACAACAACAGCAGAACCAACCACAACACCAGCAGGAGAUGUCCGAACCCAACCAGCAAUGGUUGGAGCUUGCGCAGCUCGGCACCUCCGGUAACUAUGCGCGCCACGGCGGAAGCUAUCUGCAGACCAAUCGUUACGUGUACCAUCGCCACCAGCAGCACCAUUCACUCGAUCCCAAUCUUAAAGACUUGUCCACUGACAGUCCCGAGCUGGACGGGGCCGUAUACGAGAACCAGCGAACUAGAGGACUAGCGGUGGCCUGCAACAGCAGUGCAUCGUCUUCGAGCAGCAUCUCCGAUACGUCACCGCAUAACAUUU